GAAAACUAUUUGACAGAAUAGAAAUUAAUAUUGCUGGAUCUCUUUCUAUUACUUCACAAAAUAAUCGAUACAUUGUUGUUGCCAUGGAGUAUCUUACAAAGUGGCUAGAGGCACGUGUCUUAGAGAAGGCCGACACUGAAAAUGUCACUGCUUUUACCUUGAAGAAUAUAAUUUUCUGA